AUGUCAGCCGACGACCAACAGUUCCUCGACGUGCUGUCGUCGAUACCAAAUCACGUCAAACAGUACUCAUCUGAAGUCGCUGAUGUGAUCGAUCGUCACGUCGACAAACUUGCAGAGCAGGUCCGCGAGACCUUGUCCUCCCAGGAUUGGAUACCAGACGUGGUCCGCCCACGCGGCAGACCUCCCCCUCCCCCAGCAGCCCUCUCCAUAUCGUCCUCGGCAUGCGAAAGAGUCCAGGACUGGGUUUCAAGACACAGGCUACUGACGGGUUUGGUGGUCCUGACCACGGGCGUGCUUGUUUACCGAGGCUACAAGAAGGGAAAGCACAGUCGGAAGACGCGGAGGGCACGGCGUGCACGAAAUGGAGGUCGACUCGAGGUUGUUGUCAUCGCCGGUGACCCAAAACUUCCCCUGACGAGGUCGCUCUCGCUGGAUCUCGAGAGACGCGGGUUCAUUGUCUACAUCGCCUGCAACACGCUAGAUGACGAGGCCAUGGUUCAAAAUCUGUCCAGGCCAGAUGUCCGGCCCUUGGGAAUAGACAUCACUGAUCCUCCCAGUGCUGGCGCCUCCAUCGAACGCUUUGCACAAUACAUUCAGGCUCCUCAUGCAGCUGUCCCAGGCGCGAAGCAGAAUUACCUCAGCCUGAGAUCCGUCAUUCUCAUCCCGUCUCUGAAUUACCAGACGUCACCCAUAGCAACAAUCCCGCCGUCUAGCUUCGCAGAUCUCUUCAACACACACCUGCUCUACCCCAUCCUUACUAUCCAAGCAUUCCUUCCCCUCUUGACGGCCAAGCUCACCUCUUCCGGUGCCGAAAAGUCACCCCCCAAAGUCCUCGUCUUCACUCCUUCGAUCAUGUCGUCCAUAAACCCGCCCUUCCACGCUCCCGAGGCAACAGUCUGCUCUGCCCUAUCAGCUUUCACUGAGGUCUUGGCCGGUGAGCUGAAGCCGUUGUCCAUACCAGUGACACACGUCCAGCUAGGCACCUUCGAUUUCUCCGGCUUCACACCUGGAUCCCUGCGCUCGCAACAGCCAAGCGGCCUUCUGACCGCCCCGCCAACGGAGACGCUCACGUGGCCCGACGCUGCAAGAAAGACUUACGGGCGCAAUUUCGUCAAUACCUCCACCUCUGCAAUCUCGGCAGGUCUCGUGCGCGGUAUGAGAGGAUCCUCGCUCCGAGACCUGCACAACGCCGUAUUCGAUGUCAUAGACGGAUCGAAUACCAGUGGCGUGGUGAGAGUCGGCCUGGGUGCAGAUCUAUAUGGCUUUGUUGGGAGGUGGAUGCCACGCACCUUCGUUCAAUGGAUGAUGGGCAUGAGGAAGGUGGACGAAUUGUCGAGCUGGCAGGGUAGUCACCACCCGAGCCCAAAACUGGGUAGCGAGAGUGGAGAUGGAGACGGUUCGAGCCGAUUUGGGUCGGACUCCCAGUACAUAAAUGUGAAUCAGGCAAGCGCUGACGCGCAUGUCUGGAAGGAAGGUUGA